CGCUGCGCCGUCGGCGGCGGUCCCGGCCGCGAGUCUAUGUGCGCGGGCAGCGGCGGCGGCGGGGCGGAGCGCGCCGGCCGCUCCCCGGGGGUGGGCAGCUCGGCGGCCGCCGGGCGAGCUGGCGCUCCGGCCGCUAGCACCGCCAUCACCGCCAUGUCCGCCGCCAUCGAGCGGGAGUUCCAGGAGAUCGACGCCACGAACGACUGGCAGGCGCGCUACCUGGAAAUUCGACAUAAAUCCAGUGACUAUCCUCAUAGAGUUGCAAAAUACCCAGAAAACAGAAAUCGAAACAGAUACAGAGAUGUUAGUCCAUAUGAUCACAGUCGAGUAAAACUGCAAAACACAGAAAAUGACUAUAUCAAUGCAAGCCUAGUGGUCAUAGAAGAAGCCCAGAGAUACUAUAUUUUAACACAGGGUCCACUGCCUAACACAUGCUGUCAUUUCUGGCUAAUGGUAUGGCAACAAAAAACCAAAGCAGUUGUCAUGCUGAACAGGAUUGUCGAAAAAGAAUCGGUGAAAUGUGCACAGUACUGGCCAACAAAAGAAGAGGAUGUUAUGACAUUUAGUGAAACAGGUUUCCGUGUGAGGCUAGUAUCUGAAGACGUCAAAUCCUAUUACACAGUACAUCUACUUCAGUUAGAAAAUAUCAACAGUGGUGAGUCCAGGAUGAUAUCUCAUUUUCAUUAUACUACAUGGCCAGAUUUUGGAGUUCCUGAGUCCCCAGCUUCAUUCCUCAACUUCCUUUUUAAAGUCAGAGAAUCUGGCUCACUAAGUCCUGAGCAUGGACCUGCAGUAGUUCACUGUAGUGCAGGGAUAGGACGAUCCGGCACAUUUUCAUUAGUAGACACUUGUCUUGUUCUGAUGGAAAAAAAGGACCCAUUUUCUGUAGAUGUUAAGAAGGUAUUACUGGAUAUGAGAAAAUACCGAAUGGGACUUAUUCAGACACCAGAUCAGCUAAGGUUUUCAUAUAUGGCUGUAAUAGAAGGAGCAAAGUUUAUAAUGGGGGAUUCAACUAUACAGAAACGGUGGAAGGAGCUCUCUAAGGAGGACCAAGCACCAAGUUCUGAGCAGUCUCCUCCACACCCAGCCAAAAUAACCACAGAGAAGUACAACGGGAACAGCAUAGGCCUGGAGAGCAAAGAUCAAACGGAGAAAAAUACUGACCUGCCCUCUAAAGUUCAAGAUAUCACAGGUGGAAACGUUGAAAGUACUGUCCGAAAACGGCUGCGAGAGGAUAGAAAAGCUAACACAGCACAGAAGCUGCAGCAGAUGAAGCAGAAGCUAAAUGAGACUGAAAGAAAAAGAAAAAGGAUUUAACUUUACAGCAGUUGUGUACAACUCGGAUGUUAAAUAAGAACAAAUGUGGACCAAAAUGGAAGACCUGUCAAUCCCAGUGACUUUUAUUUUAGGAAAUGCUUAAAGAAAGAGUGAAAAUGAAGGAAACGUCUUCUGACAACCUCCUUCUCCCCUCCAGUUUCUGGCAAGCUGUUGGCUGUUUCCGUGUCACUUCUGAAAUGCUGUUGUACUUUGAUUCAAAGUGUUACUGUGUUGGGUUUUUUCCUUUUUGGAAAUACAGCAGUCAAAAUACUUGAUGCAUAGUGAACUUCUUAGAAUUUAAUGAAAGUGUUCGACUCUCAGCUGAACACUUCUAUACAAAUUACGCAUGUUUUAAUAAAUAUCAAUAAAAAAUGUCUGGACCUCAGUUGCAAGUAGUUUGCAGGUUUGGAAUUAGUCGUUCAAGUUUUCUGUUUGAUUAUAUCCUUAAUGCAGGGACGGUCCACUUAAUGUGAUGGUACGUUUUUGUUUUUCUUGAAAUGUGUUAAGUAAGAGACUUGAAUUCAUUGUGAAACAGAAUUCUGAAAAAAAAAAAAAAGAUUUAUUUUAUGUAACUAAGAUACUGCAAGUGAAACCUAGCCAAUCUUGUUAAAUCUUGAGUGAAACGGUUUCCUUGCAUCAGUUUAUAUUCCACUGAAUAGGGAAAAAGUGCAAACGUGUAUGCAUGUAUGUGUGUUUGGGUUGUGCAGGCAAUCAGAAAGCCUGGCUAGCUUUAAGCUUAAUGAAUGUUAACCAAAUUAUUUAGUUUGCUCUUUGGCAUUAUUACUUAAGCCUGACACACUUGAUGACCGCACAAGAAACUAAGUUAAUGAAUUGAUGACAAAAGAGGGAGUCUUCUGCAUGGCCAAGUGGCUUAAGUGACAGGAUGGAAGUUGCGAAGUUGACAUAACUCACGGUAGUCUUCCUGGGUUUUUUAACCCUGCUGCCCCCCAAAGGUUUAGGUCAGUCUUUCAUUUUCAUGUAUGAAAAAUAAAUGCGUUCAAAAUUGUACCUCUGUCUGAGUCUUUAUUUAAAUUGGAUAAAUACUUGGGAGAAAAUUCUACUGUGUUCUAAAUUAACAAAGAAACCUGCCGUAUAAAUCAAUGCAGUGUUUGCAGAGCUUAGAAGCAUUUUACCUGUCGCACUCAGGGUGCUUUAGUGCUGUAAAUACCACGGUUUUUGUGUGUUCCUCGGCGCAUAGCCCUACCUUUGUUAAGAACCAAAUGUCUAAUGUCGGAACGUCUUCCUCAGUACGGGCAAACUUUGCCUAGAAACUGAUUUCCAUGCCUCUGUGCCGGGAGCGGCCUACAAAGCUGUGACAGGUGAUGAUAGUCUGUUGAGAUGCGGCCUUCCGUAGUCCCACUAAGGUCAAAGAAGACUCCUCAGUGUUUGUGGUCGAACGCAUGAGUAAGUGGCUUGCUGGACUGACCUAUACUGGAAGCUCUCCAGCAAGUGCGUGCUGUACGCUGCAAUGUGGAAACCCCUUCUGGAAAGGCGACGGCUUUCCAAGAGUGCUUGCCACAGACAAAGAGUAAUCAGUUGAGUGCAUGAGAAGCUGUUUGGUGUUUUAUAGUGAGCUGCCGACCCGUUGUCUCUUCUUAUUUCUUUUUCCUCGUACUGUGUACUGAAUCCGUGACUUUCUUUUGCGUUGUAUGUCGUAGGCCGAGACUGACUGACACCUAAGCCUUCGCGACUUGUGAAUAUUCUGCAGCUAUAAACUGCAAAUUAUUGACAUGCAAAGCGAGACAUGAGCCCCUCUUCGGGAACAAAAGUGAGGUCUGUUAAGUUCCAAGAAGACCUCAGUUAUCUGUUUACAGCGUAAACUACAGCGAGGGGAUGAAGAACACCACCAGCAUGCUACUUUGCAAAACAAAAUAAUUUGCUGUCUUGUGUUUUUAUAAUGCCUGUAUUAAUGUAGAAAGAUGUAAAAGAAAUAAAUUAGGAAAUAUUUUGUUUUGUACUGCCAUACUUAUUGUAUUUUUAUACGUUUUUGGCAGCAUUAAAUAUUUUUUUAAAUCGACAA